UUUUUUUUUUUUAUGUGUAUAAAAGUAUAUCUUUAUUUUAUUUUAUUUUAUCUUUCUUUUUUCGUUUUUUAUUUUUAUUUAUUUUGAUAUGAUUAUUAACGAGUAUAGAGUAAUUAAUAAUUGUACAGAAGAAGAAUAUCAAGUUGGUCAACUAUAUGCCACUGCUAUUGCAUCACAAGAAAAUACAGGUGGUGGAGAAGGAGUAGAGGUUAUUAAGAAUGAACCUUAUGAAAAGGAUGGUGAAAAGGGUCAAUAUACGUAUAAAAUAUUUCGUCUCGCUUCUCGUGUACCUGCUAUAGUAAAAGCAGUUGCUCCUACUGGCGCUCUUGAUUUAUAUGAGGAGGCUUGGAACGCGUAUCCAUACUGUAAAACUGAAAAAAAGAAUGGCUAUAUGAAAGAUAAUUUCUCUAUCGUUUAUGAAACUUUACAUGUCAAUGGGUCACGAGGAGAGAUUGAAAACGCAUUAAAUAUAUCAAAAGAAGAUUUAAAAAAGAGAAAUGUUAUUAUUAUUGACAUUGCUAAUGAUAAAAUCAAUCCGAAAGACUAUAAGCCUGAUGAAGACCCAAAAUUAUAUCAUUCUGAAAAGACAGGUCGCGGUCCUUUGACAGAUCCUGACUGGCAAAAGAAAGUUGAGCCUGUCAUGACAUGUUAUAAGCUUGUCUAUAUUGAAUUCAAAUGGUAUGGUCUUCAGACAAGGGUAGAAGCUUUCUUAGCAAAAACAGUACAAACACUCUUUACCAAAUUUCAUAGACAAAUGUUUUGUUGGACAGAUAAAUGGUACGGAAUGACAAUUCAAGACAUACGUAAUUUGGAAGCAAAAACAAAAGAAGACUUAGACUUAAAAAGAAAUCAAGGUGAAUUACCAGUGAACACCUUAGAUAACACAUAAUUAGAAAAACAAAAUAAAAAGGAUAAUAAAGAAUUUACAAAAAAAAAGAGGGGUUGAGAUGUAGUAAAUAAGCUUUUCAUGAUACUGCUAUUAUGUCUUUUUUUUUUUUU